AUGUCACUAACAAGACGCGAAACGAUAAAAGUUCCGAAGAAAUCUUUAAUUUCAAGGCCGGUCAAAAGUUCAUCUUGCACUAUCCCAUCGGAGAUACUUACAUUCGACUACUCUUACGGUUACAAUUGCAAGCGACCCUUCAACCUGUGCAAAAUCGAUGACAACGUGCUCGUGUUCGCCUCGGGAAACCUAAUACACUUCUUCGAUGUAACAACGCAAACCGUCACCACACGGAGAAGCUCGACGGGAGGCGGUAUCGGUUGCAUCCAAACAAAUCCCAAUCCGGAGCUGCGUCAUCUCACGGUAGGGGAGAAUGGCUCCAAUCCGCCGAUCAUCAUCUACCAGUAUCCGGAGAUGGUCGUGGUGAAUAUACUGAAAAACGGAACCGCGCAGGCGUACAGCCGGGUGGAUUACAAUGCCGACGGGGAGCUGCUGGUUUCGCAGGGUUGCGAUCCAGAUUACAUGCUGACUGUGUGGAACUGGCGAGACGGGGAGAUUAUACUGCGCUGCAAAUCAUUCUCGAAUGACGUGAUAAAUGUCAUGUUUUCUCCUUCCGUUCCCGGGCACCUGACAUCGUGCGGCCUCGGUCACAUAAAGUUCUGGAAAAUGGCCGAAACAUUCACCGGUCUCAAACUGCAGGGUGAGCUGGGUCGUUUUGGAAAAACUGAAAUCUCCGAUAUUGUCGGCAUACUCCCGAUGCCGGACGAGAAGGUGCUAUCCGGAUGUCAGUGGGGUAACAUUCUGGUUUGGGAGGCCGGACUGAUUAAGUUGGAAGUAUGCCGCAAGGGUAGGAAGCCAUGCCAUCAAGGUCCCAUCACGCAAAUCAGCGUCCGGGAGGGAGAAGUGAUGACGAGUGGAAUGGAUGGAUUCAUUCGAGUUUGGUUCUGGGAAACGGUCGAACUGGCAGACUCCCCCGAUGAUGAUAGGGUGGUGCAGAUCGAGCCGAUAAUGGAGUUUAAAAUUGGAACCGAAACGUACAGCAGUGAGCUGAUGUGUUUGAUCAAAAAGGAAGGGGAUUUCAAAUGGUAUGCUCAGGAUAGCAACGGAGGCAUAUGGCUUUGUGAUAUAACGCCAGCAUACAAACCGGCUGCUCCGUUGCAGUUAUUAAAAUGUCAUGCGGGCCCCAUUGUAGCAGUUCAAACUAGUCCAACUUCUCAUCACGUGGCCACCCUGGGUGCUGAUGGGAAACUGUUUAUGUAUGACUAUAUCCAAAGGAAAAUGAUAUUCAAUCACCAAUUCGAUUCUAACGGACGAGCCAUGCUAUGGCUUCCGGUUUCGCUUGAUCCAACUGGCAUGAUUUUGGUGCUAGGUUUCGAAGAUGGCUGCAUCAGGUUUAUUACUGUAAACUUAGACAAUUCUAAAUGCGAGUGUCCAGUGAAUCUCGUUCAAAUUAUGAAAUCCCACUCAAAAGCUGUGACAGUACUUGCGGUUAACCAAAGGGAAACCAUUCUCGUUUCUGGUUCAGAAGACAAAUCCAUCUUCGUUCAUCAGUUUAUCCGAGCAAGUCCACAUGUAACAAUCGAACCAAUCGGACUGGUGUUAACUCCAUCGGGAGUUGCUUCCAUCAGCUGGAAACCGAAAGUUGCAACCACUGCCUUCAUCGGAUGUCGUCACGGGCAAGUACUGGAAGUAGAGCUUCCUGAAGAGCCUGCAACCUAUACAGAUGUAUCGUACCACUUGAAGGGUGUUGACAUACGACAACUGACUUUCCAGUCAGUUAAGUCGGAAAUUAAAAGAAACAUUCGAAUCGCGGAGAUUGAGGAGCAAAAGCAGAAAAAGCGUGCCAGAAAAAUGCAAUCUUUGGAACGAGUUCGUGUCGAAAAUCCGGGUAUAGAUAUUGACGAAAAUGCAUUUCUUGAAGACUCGGAAGACGAGGAAGAACUAGAGCCACUAUACAUCCCGAAGAUACCAAAUGCAGUUUUGUGGGUUCAAUAUACGGAAGAGAAUACUCUGUGGUUAUCGAUGGGCGGUUACGAUGCAGGCUUCGUCUACGAGUAUUGUUUUGAUGAUGAGGAUCCCAUUUCAUGCACACCAGUUCCUGGAGCUGAAAAUACGGAGAUAAACACCUUCAUUUACGACUCCAACUAUCUUGUCACCGGAAUGAGCGAUGGAUCUAUUAGGGUGAAUAAAUCCAAGCGUAAUUUCAGAGAUCUUUCUGAUUUUUGGACACUAAAUAUGCAUUUUAAUCCCAGUGGGAAAGUGACCGGAUUGGCUUUCAGUUACGACUACCGCUAUCUGUUCAGUGUUGGGACCGAUGGCAAUCUUUUCGCCUAUAAAUGGAACGCUGAUGCGACACCUAUUGAACCGGAGAAAACCAUUCCGUUGAGGGAGGAGGAACCAAUGGUUGAUGAUAUUUUGGAUCCUAACUAUCUUUCCUUGGAAGAACAAAAGGUCAAGCAGGAAAACGACAGAAAGGAAAAAUUAAUUAACGACAAGAAAAAUGAAAUUCUGUCCACUGUAGCAGAAUAUAGACAACAGUUUGAAACUUUACUCGCAAGAAAUGAGGCUUUGCCUGAAUCACAAAAAAUUCCGAUGGAAGCUUUUUCUCUGGAUGAACGAAUCACCCAAGAUUUACAACAGCAGCUGCAAGCGGAAAUGGAUUUGGUUCGACGAAAGACAGCGUUUGAUGUCGAGAAGGCACGGCUGGCGGGUGAAAAGUUGAAGAAAUUUUUCCUCGACGAAUUGGAAAGUGUUCCAAUUGAAGUGCAGGGAGUGAACAUUACAACCUCGGUCAAAUCCUUUCGGAUCACCAAACUGAGUGACGAAUACCACCAGACUGUGGUAGAUCUGGAGCAACGAAUCAAAGAUGAAGAAGCUAGACGAAGACGUUUCAUGGAAAUGUGUAGAACGCCGGAGGAAAGAAUGACGAAAGCCGCAGAUGAGGCUCCCCUCGACCGGCGUGAGGAUUCUCAGCUGGACAAACGGGAAUCAUUUCUCGAGGGCCUAACGCAGUCAACCAUAGACUUCAAGCUAGAGUCUAAAAUGCGACGCUUACUUGCCAAGUACCGCGAACGGAAGUCGAAGGAACGCAUGCGCAAACUUGAAUGGGAAGAAUUGAAAGCCAAAAAACCGGAUCCGAACGUCAAUCAUCCCGACGAUGAUCGCGCAAUUAAGGAGGCCGUAGACACCAUCGGGGACUACAAGCUCAAAACCGAUCUAGACUACGAGCCCAAUGAAGACGAUCUAGAAACGACCAUGACUAAGUAUCGUGCUUUACUACACGUCCGGGAGGAAAUGUUCACCAUCAAGCACGAAUACAACAAGCAGGUGUUUGCACUUCGUGACAAGAAAAAAGAGCUGCUAACGUAUUUUGAGUCUAAAAGUAGAAAGUUGGCAGAAAUUCACGAGGAACUUCCUGAGAAUCAGCGCAAAAAGAUUCCCGUAGAAGUAAAAAUAGAUACACUUUUAGAGUAUCCCGAAAAGGAGUUUGAACUAGACGAAUAUGAAGACCCUAACGAAAAAUUAGAGGAAGUACAGACAAACAUUCCCAGAAAAGUGAAGAGUACCGAAGACGUUGAUCUCUUACAAAAGCACGCACUAGGGCUGGUACCUUCACCGGAUGGCAUUCCACACACUCCGCUGGGAACAGAAUGGGAGAAAGAGCUCCGUGAAAUGCGACUUGUGAAAAAACUAUUCAAACAAGACCGAAUAAUAGAGAAAGUAAAUCAGAAAAUUGUUGAAUUUGAUCAAGCUAUACAGAAACUUGCUGAACAGCGUCUACAAGUUGAAGUAGAUGCCAAGUACCUGGAAAUACAUCAACUAACUCUCUACCAAGAGUUAUGGAUUUUGAAAGAUUUUGAAAAGAUUGAAAGCAAAAUGAUAGGCACCGUUGAAGAGUUAACGUUGGAGCGAAACAAUUUGCAGAAAUCGGUCAUUGAAGCUCGAAACUCCAUCGAACAAUCUCAGCAGGAUAUGGAUGAAAACAGGAGAGAGCAAAAAGCAGUUUUUCACCGUUUCACCUCCAGCUGUUCGGACAACCCGUUUGCUGUUUUUCUUAAGCGAAUUUUUAAGAAAAAAUUCAAACCUUGUCGCAUUAAUCAAAACAGGGAUGAAACGGAAUCGUCGAGUGAAUAUUCCUCGGAAGACAUUGACGCACUAGAGAACGCUGUGGAUAAUGAAAUUAGUAAGAUUUUUCUAGACGAACAGCCAUGUCCAGUCGGAUGUGAUCCGGAUUUGUACCAACUGACAAUCAAGCUGAGGAAUGAGAAGAACGAGUUGGAGAAGCAAUAUUAUGAGGAGAAUAAGAUGUUGAAUGAGACGAUUAAGACUAUGGAGACAUUGAAAAUGAAGUUGGCAUAUGUCGAAACGCGGUUGACUGAUAAAAAGAAAGAAUUAUUGAACUUUAGGCGAGAAAAACAAACUCGUUUGAAUGACAUCAACAGCUUGGUUAUCUUGAAAAUGGAUCAAAUGCAGCACUUCCGGACUGAGACGGAAUUUUACGACAUCGAUAACAGCCUUCUUUUUAACAAUGAAAAGCUUAUGAAACUGUAUGCACGUGUUGGGCAAUUGGCAAUGGAAACGUUGGAGACGAAAAGAAAGCAUCGAAUCAAUGUGGUGCACCUGGCUCGAAUGCGGACAGAUAUCAAGUAUAUGGAAAAGCAAAUUAUUGAACUCAAAGAGAAAACCACUGAGACAAUGAUGAAAAAAUUUGGACGAAUCGUUAACUUGGAUGAACUGGAAGAAACUAUUUUGAGAAAGUUUGCUUUUGAAAUGAGAGCAAAUAUGGACGAUGUGAAGAAAAGUUAUUCGGAGAGGACCCGUGACUUAAAAGUCAUGUACUCUAAAGUCAUGUACUCUAAGAAACAGACGGAGUUAACUAGAGUAAUCCAAGAAGGUACAGAAAAACUUCAUGUUCUCACAGUCCUUCAGGAAGAACAUAAUAACCUUUCAAAGAUGUUGGAUCGUCAGAAUAAGCUACUGGAGAAAAAAGAUGAAGAUCAAGAUCAAAGGAAUUACGAGCCAGACUUGAUCAAGUUGAAAAGUAUCGCUAGAACUCAGAAGGAGCAGAUUAAUAUGCUACAACGAGAGAUUCGAACGCUCAGUAUCAAAUGCAAGCCGCUUAGUACGGAUGUUGGACAAAUAGUGGAACCACUUAUGUCGGUUCCCAAAAAGCCCACUAAAAUUGCAGAUGACACCACAUACCCGAAUGCCAUGGACUCCGCACCUCCCAGCACCAGGGCAAGCUCACCGGAUAACUUCUUGUACAACGAAAUCUCUUCGCUGGUAGACGACUUCCUGACUGAUCAUCUUGGAACAUUAGUCCAAAAAUCAGACAUAAAAUGUGUCGUAACCCACCUAUCACUGUAUCUAUCGAAUAUUAUCGCUAAUUUCGCUCCCGAGCAUGCAAGCGAUCUACUGCCCCAUAUUAUAGAAAACUUCAAAUCGUUCAUUCCCGAAGCACUUCUGCUGACCAUACCACCCCAAUCCAUCGCCGAAUUAAUUGAAAACAUAUUCCGUACCUUCAAGGAAGGUUACGACAUCGACACGAAGGAAAUUCUGAACGAAAUUAUCAACAACAGUUUGGAAAUGGUACCGCCAGCUUCUCAGAAUUACUCUCAUAAUAUUUUGGCAGACAUUCUCAAGCAAGUAGUAUCGACCCUUCACGUUUCGGACAUCAUCCAUCCGGAAACAGUCAGCUUCAUAGCGAGCGGUCUUCGAAACAAGCCAGGAAUCGAUCCAACAGCAGUUAACGUGAAUCAACUCACCACGGAAUUGCUUCAGUAUGCCGUGGAAAACUUGGUCGAUGACGUCAAUCGGGAUGCGAUCAAGCAGAUUGUCAAUGGUAUCCUUCAGCAAAGCGCUAAGUAGAUACACAUGCCCUGUUCCCAUAUAUCAACCGCAGUAAAAUAAGGUUCAAUUUAUUCGGUCGUUAUCUGUACAACACUCUGGUAAUAAAACAC